UAACUACCGACAGCAUACUCCGUGAUAAAAACAAUGAAUAUAUCACUUUAGCUUUAACAUCAGUCAAUAGCGACGUGCUCUGUCACCCCUUAGCAUGAGCCAUAUCGACAGUCAACUGUGAUGGAAGGGUGACAACUGUUUUGGUUUAGUAGUAUUUUUCUUUUGGGAGGUAGUGGUACCACUCUCCAGAAAUCUACAACAUUUUUAGGGUGAUAACGGCUUAAAGUAUGUCGAGACGCUGUUCAACAACUAGUUCGUAGCGACAGAUUGCUUCAUCGGAUAAAAUGACGCGUAUAAAGAUUGGUAUGCAGACAAUAUCUAGGAGAUGUUCGAAUCAAAAAGAUAUUAGAUGGGUGCUUUAUGUAACGUAGCAAUAGCGCUUUUGUAACCGCAAAACCUUCCCUCGCACCUCAAACGCAGACAUACUCCUUUUUGGCCCUUUCUAUAUAUUUCUGAGCAGCCACACAAAACGCCCUUUCCCUUCAGCUGUCAAUGAAUGGCCACGUUGACAAGCGAGCUUUUUCCAAACCACUGCCGCCCAAUGGCAAAAUCACCAAUGGCGGCCAGCAACCACAAUACCAAAAGCAACGGCAACAAGAGAAGGCGAUCGAGAUGCUUGACGAGACCAGCCGCAAUCAUCUUUGCAACUUGAUGCGAUGUUGGCUGACGCAUGCCAACAUGGAGCCAUCCUUAGUCGACACGUUAUACCCAUUGAUUAGUGCUCUUGUCCCGCUUUGGUCAGAGGCACAACGGGAUCUGACGAGCACCACAACUUCCGAGAGCUCUUAUUCCUCGCUUUAUGAUUCGAUCCAUAUCCAGACACUUGCAGGAUAUAAAACUUUAGAGGAUUCCAAGUUCCUUCCUGCUGUAUAUCACGGCGAGCCACUUUCCAAAAUCCUAUCAACGUGCAACUUGGGCGGAUCGUGUUGUGAGUGGCUGCAUCACGUGGUAGGGGGGACAUUGCGCAUCUACGGAACGCCUUCUGGUCCUUCAGGGGAUGAGCUAUUGAAGAUCGUGGCGGCGUCGGUAUAUACCCUGUGGAGCUUGUGGCUGGAAAUGCAUCUUGCACGCGACUCUGAUAUCCUAUAUUCAUCAUCAUCAUCAUCAUCAUCAUCAUCAUCAUCACCACCACCACCACCACCACCACCAUCAUCACAGAAAAGUCAAUCCCAAAACGGUGAUGAUACGACAGUGAUGAUGCGAGGGAUGCUUACCCGGAAACGAUUCGGGAUCAUCAGCUGGCUGUGGCCGAAAAGCAGCACCGCUGCAGAAACGAGAAUAAGCAAGAGUCCAAACGAAAAAAGUACCCCCAUCGGCAGUACAACAGGACCAUGCUGUCCAGAUCCUUCAAAAGAGGAUCCACAUCGAUUUGCCAAGUUGCGUCAAUUGUUAGAGCAGGCCACAAUGAUAACUUCAUCGCCUCAUUGUCGAUUCACUGCGCCAAAACUGCUUGUUCGACUGCAAGAUGAGGAAGAUGGUAUUGACACAAUUCGUGCUGUCAUGAGGAUGAAAAACAACAACAUUAGGAUUGACAGCUCUAAUCAAAAGAACGGAAAGCCAAACGGAAUUAAGCGACGCGCAUCUUCACUGCUGUCCAUGAUUGCCGGCCAGUCACCGCAACAACAACAACAACAGCAGCAGCAGCAGCAGAAAAGGCAAUCUGCACCAAUAAUACCACAUACGCCUGUGGAUGUACCACAGUCAAUAUCAGCGUACUCCUCCCUGCGUUGCAUGAACGAUAAGAAGAUUGGCAUGGAAUACUUGCUGUUGGAUACCCAAACCGUCGACAGUUAUCUCGAACACCAGCAAAUCACUUUAUCAUAUGCUAUACACCCUAUUGGAUGCCCGCAACGUCCGUGCGCAGGUCCAUUAUUGUCCAAAUUGAACUAUUUCCGCUACGAGAAUUCCGAAGACCGAUCUCUUGGACAAGUCAUUUUGCACUGGUGUACUCUGGCCGAAAGUGGCACGAGUUGCAAAACUUUGCUAAAGUCGAAGUUGGACAUACUAACGAAAGCAACUGUGUCUGACAGUGUCACGACACCAUCCGCUGAAGAAAAGCCCAUCACUACUGCUACUGCCACUGCUUCUGCUACCAAUGGUGCAUUAAACGGCACUGGCAGCAAUGAAAGCACAGGAUUUAAAGUCGGAUCAUCGACCGAAAAAGAACAGGACAAUCAGCGUAGUAGACGCACAUCAUCAAUACAGUCAUCAUUCCACGGGUGUCAGAAACAGUUUACAGACCACGUCAUGACGUUUGCUCACGGUUCAGCUAGAGCAGUUGUUUACAUCGUCCCGCAUGUAUCACCCCAGACAACAGCAAAACCAACAGUGCCAUCAUGCAACGACAGCAACAAAACUCUUGCAUUGAUUAAUAGCCAUGAAAAAAUACACAUGUGGUUCGCAUGCGCGACAUGCGAUGCCGAAACGACUCCGACAUCGAUGUCUUUGUCAACGCACCAUUACUCUUUUGCAAAAUAUAUUGAGCUCAUCCUAUACCACGAUACUUAUUUCGCACCCAGAUCUCUUCCCUGCGGCCAUCCUGUCACGCGAUCGUCCAUCAUCCGCUGCUUUGGGCCGUCAAACAUACCCUUCGCAGUCAAGAUUUCAUAUGAAUCGAUCUCGUUAUACGAGUUACGCGCACCACGCCUGCAGGUCGUACCGUCUUCUUCUACGUCACCAAAGCAUUCCAGCAGCAAGAUUAUCACGGGAGCUGUGAGCCCCAAAACACUGAAAAAUUGGCAAGAGCUAAUACGUGACGAUGUCAAUCAUUUCUUUGAGACAGUGGCUACCCAUAUCGACGUAUUAAAGCAGUUCGCUAUUGCCGAAUCCAAACGCAUGGCACGGAGCAACAGCAGCAUUGGAUCAGGCCAAAAGCAAUCAUCUCAAGAGCUACAGGCACAAUUGAAACUGCGAGAGAGCGAGUUGGCUUCUAUGAAGAAACUGUUUGGAGAAACGGAGCAUCGGAAGCUACUGUUGGAAUUAAAGGGUACACCAUUGGAGAGCCUGAACGAUUAUCGUCGUCUGUUUGCAAUGCGGUCGAUAGCUAUUUUGUCCCAGCUCGCAGAAUGGCAACGCCAGUGGUGUCCAGAUCUAAUGGACGACUGUACUUGGGACCCGCCUGACUAUAUAAAGUCGGACAAAGUCCAUGCUUUCCCAGGAUCAAGUGUCCUCGUUCGUGAAGAAGAGCCAUCGUCCAUGAUUGCUUAUACACUCAGCUCCAAUGAAUAUCUCGAAGAAUUGAAGCAACAGUAUGGUGAUUCAAACAUGUCAACCAAAACAACGACCUCAUCUAAGGCUCCUGCUCCAAGCAUCGCUUCAAGUGCGUCGUCCGCCACAGACGAUCACAAGACGAAAAAGGCGCAAAGUAAUCACAAAAACCAAACUGAGGAAGGAGACAACAGCAACAACAGUAGCCUUGAUAAGAGCGGAUCAUACUACUCGUUUAUCAAACGCAAAUUUGUUGUACCAAAUGCUGGCGCUGCUAGCGAGACGGCGUCAUUUAGAGCCAUGGUGAUAGAAACGGUGAAAGCAAACGCCAGUGAAUUGCAUUACCAGCAACAGCGCAAAGCACAAGAGAUAAAGGAUCGAUGGGCAGCAACUACGCAUCAACAAGAGCCAUCGUCUUCGUCACAAAUAACAACCCAAGGAAGAAAUAAUCCUCCAAAGAAGUCUGCUGACCAUCUUACAACAACAAGCCAACGGGUCAUUUUGAAUGAGCCUCGAAUUCAGCGCGGGGUCACCACUGAAGUUGCCGCGUCAACAUAUUAUCAAGAGCCACUUAAUACUGCUACGGCUAGCACUGCCACUACUACUGUAACUGCACCUAAUGGAAAUAUUGUGAAUUCCAAAGAAAAGCCUCUACCGCCUCUUGCCAGUUCAAUAGGAUCCACCGGAGAAAACCGCCGACUAAGCCCACACAUUAAGCAUAAGUAUAUUCAUAACAACGUUGAAUUUACAUGUAUUGUUUACUAUGCUUCCGAGUUCGAAUCUCUGCGAUGCCAAAGCGGUAUUGACCAGCUGUUGAUACAGUCGUUGAGCCGAUGCAAUGCAUGGAAAGCAACUGGUGGCAAGAGCAAGAGCCAUUUUUAUCGGUCUCAAGAUGGUAGACUAGUUAUCAAGGAGAUGGUAAACGCAUGGAAUAACGUGGAGAAGGAAUCUAUUUUGAAGUUUGCACCAAAGUAUUUUGACUACAUGAAAAAGACAGACGAGGUCCCUAGUGUUUUGGCCAAGAUAUUUGGCUUUUAUACCAUUCGUAUCAGGAGCAUGGAUGAUAAACGUGUUAUACUCAACCUAGAUGUUUUGGUGAUGGAGCAUCUGUUCUACGGCAUUGUACCGCAGAGUAUACAGAAAUUCGAUUUCAAAGGGAUCCGGGAUCGCCAUGUGGAAGAGUGCCGCAAAAAGGGUGACACAACUUUGUGGGACGGUGACUGGCUCCAAGAUUAUCGGUUAGAAUGCCCUGUGAGCGAACAAUCUAAAGCACUCAUAGAGAAAGCCAUCAAAAGCGAUACAGAGUUUCUGACCCAGGGGAAUAUCAUGGAUUACUCUUUGUUGCUUGGCGUUGAUGAGGCCAGGAAGGAAUUGACUGUAGGCAUUGUCGACUUUAUCGGAGCCUAUACAUGGUACAAAAAGGUCGAGUCAAGGAGCAAGUCAACGUUGAAUCCAAACAAGGAGGUAACGGUGGUUCCGCCCGAUCAGUACAAGUGGCGCUUUUACCGGAUCAUUAAUGAUUAUUUCGUCGCUGUUUCCGGAAAAUUCGACAAAGUUCAAGCAAGCCAUCUAGUCUCAAGUGCCAUCUUGGCUUAAUAAUAAUCAUGAUCUAUCUUUGCAUUUAUACAUGAAGUGGCUUGCAUAUCUGUAUUUUUCUAUUAUUAUAAAAACUCGAACUGUAUUUUAAAAAGUGAUAUCUGGGCUAUAAGCAAUGCUCAAAUGCUAAUCGAAUGAACCCCUCUUUUAAUAAUCGUGAUUAGUCUAGGUCAGCCAUAAGAGAUGAAAUAAAACGGGGAUGGACCUGCUGGUGCGACUGAGGACGAGCAUCUAGAAGGCCUAUAUACCCAGGUACUUACUUGCUCCUAUGCAGGCACCCUUGUGACACGAUCACAGAGAGAAAAGAGUGAGAGAGUCGAUGGUUCAGCAAUAAACCAUUUGAUUUUAUAAUAUUCCAACGGACCAUGACGAACUGCUGUGGUUAUGCAGCUCUGGCUCACUAAACUGUUG